UCGACUUCAACGAUUUGAACUGAUCCAAUGUUUUUCCAAGCAGCAACAGAAGUUUCUUGGCGGAAGUGAUAAGUUCGAACGAAACCGUUUUUCCUGGACGAUAUCAGCUGGGGUGAAUUCGAAAAGCACGUGUAAUUUCCUUCCAGUGAUGUUCGAUCUCAACUCGAAACUCGAUACGGUGUGCAGAUUCUGUCUGAGCGAUGACGGACAGCUGUAUCUGCUCUUCGGGCUGCACAAGGAUCCAAACCUGGUAAUUCAAAACGUUCGGAUGCUGACGACUAUUGAGCUCUCCACCUCGGAAAACAUCAAUUACAAAAUCUGUGAAACAUGUUGUGCCUCCUUUGAACUGUGCGUUAAAUUUCGGCAAACGUGCGUCCAGGCCGAGAAGAGGAUAAAAGAUUUGCGCUCCCUGAGCUGUCUGGCAUCGGCUUCACUCCCAGCAGCUGUCAUUCCGAGCAGCGAAAUAAAGCAGGAACUAGAGCCGAGCCCACUGGAACCGGAAGCAUUGGACCAGCUUUUCAAUGAAGACCCCCAAAUGAAUAGUGGCGGCCUGAUGGGCCUGGACCAGUACGGGCUUAACUUUGUAACGCCCCCACUUUUCGAUGGCGGUGGAAAUUGGCCGGAACAACAGAUUUCCGGCUCGUAUUGCAACGUCGGUGUUUGGAACAGCCCGGAAUCGCCCGUUUUGCCCCCGAUAAUGGGGCCGGUUUCACCUACUUUUCCUUCCCCGACAGGCGGCCCUCAACCAACCAUCACAACAACUGUUUUAUCAAAACUGCAACCUCCAACUAGCUCCAGUUUGUUUGCCUCAGCAUCAAUCAAAAUAUCCCGAUCUAAAUACUUCUGCCAAAUUUGCGAGAAACAUUUCUUCCAGCGGAACGUUCACAUACAGCAUCAUGAGAGGUACAGCAAAGCGUGCUUCCAGUGUUUGGAUGAGAAGCUAACCGGAACGUACAGGCCGGAAGUGGCACUGGUGGGGCGGCACACCUGCCGCAUUUGUCUGGCGGCCAAGGAGAGUUGUGCCGAGUUUCUGCAGCACUCGAUUGCCCACCACGCGGAGGAACAUCGGGCCAAGGAUUCGUACAAGUGUAACCAGUGCGAUAAGGUGUUUGUGCUGAAGGGCGAGAAUAGCCGCGGCAAGGUGCACAACUGCGUCCGGAAGAUGCACUGCCCGCACUGUCCGCAGUCCUUCCAUUAUGCCAAAAGUUACCAGAAACAUUUGCGGUUCUUCCACAAUGUGCCGGCCGACGCGAACGAGCUCAAGAAUCCCUACCUCGGACCGGGAUAACGAUGGGGAUCUAGAGGGUUAAUAAAUUGUCUUACAUUAUUAUAU